AUGGUUAAUUUUGGGAAGAAAUUGAUGGCUAAUCAAGUUCAAGAGUGGGAAAGAUAUUAUAUUAAUUAUAAUUUGAUGAAGAAAAUGGUUGAGCAGUUUGUUCAACAAAUGCAGCAAGGUAGAAAAGAUCGUCACCAUGUUCUAAAAGAAUUUUCAAAGAUGCUAGAUGACCAAAUUGAGAAGACUGUCCUCUUUUUUCUGGAACAACAAGGGAUUCUUGCAUGUAGGAUUCAAGAGUUGGACGAGCAGCAGACAAAACUUCUUGAGCAUCCAGAUAUAUCUGAGAUAUCUGAACUACGUGAAGCAUAUGCAGCAGCUGGACAUGAUCUUCUAAGACUUCUCAGAUUCCUAGAUUUGAAUGCUACUGGUAUUCGUAAAAUACUGAAGAAAUUUGAUAAAUGCUUUGGCUACAAAUUCACAGAUUAUUAUUUAAGUACUAGAUCAAAUCAUCCUUAUUCUCAGUUGCAGCAAGUCUUCAAGCAUGUGGGAAUAGCAGCUGUUGUGGGAGCAUUGUCUCGCAAACUUGCAGAUCUUCAGGAGCAUCAGGGAAGCUAUCUGUCCAUUUAUGAUCAGCCUUCAACAACUCUGACGGAUCCUGUGAUUCAUCUAAUACAUGCAUCAGUACACAAGCUAACCCAUUCCACGAAUUUCCUUCAAUAUCUGGGUCAACAUGCACUUAUUGUUCAAGAAGAUGCAUCUAGUUCAGAGGAGGACCAAGUUGAUGAUAAAAGAUAUAAUUUUACGUCUCUUCUCUUGAACUUGGCUAACACCUACCUUUAUAUGGUUAAUACUUAUAUCAUUGUACCAACUGCUGAUCACUACUCAAUGCACCUUGGAGCUGCUGCAACAGUUUGUGGGGUUAUUAUUGGUUCUAUGGCUGUUGCACAAGUGUUCUCUUCAGUUUAUUUUAGUGCAUGGUCUAAUAGGUCAUACUUCAAACCUCUUGUAUUUAGCAGCAUUGUGCUCUUUUUGGGCAAUACUCUAUAUGCAUUGGCUUAUGAUCUGGACUCCCUAACAAUUCUUCUCAUCGGCCGUCUCUUGUGUGGGAUGGGUUCUGUGAGGGCUGUUAAUCGUCGAUACAUUAGCGAUUGUGUUCCUCUUAAAAUCCGCAUGCAGGCUUCUGCAGGUUUUGUCAGUGCAAGUGCUCUUGGGAUGGCAUGCGGUCCUGCUCUUGCUGGCUUGCUUCAAACUAAUUUCAAAAUAUAUGCGCUAACAAUUAAUCAAGAUACUUUAUCUGGUUGGGUUAUGUCAUUUGCUUGGUUAGCAUACUUGAUUUGUUUGUGGAUUUCAUUCAAAGAGCCAAUUCAUGACAACAAAGUAAAACAUUUGUCUCCAGAUGUGGAUGCUGGAAGCAUGGAGGUUGAAGCAUUAGAAAGUGGCCUUGUUCAUCCUUUGCUACAAAGUUGUGAGCAUAAGCAACAUGAAGAUGGAGAUGAAGAAUGUAAUGAUAGGGAAGAAGCUUCAGAAGACUCUCACAAACCUGCAACUUCAGUUGCUUCGGCAUAUAGAUUGCUUACUCCAUCAGCAAAGGUCCUGUUGUUGAUAUAUUUCAUGCUCAAAUAUGUGAUAGAGAUACUAAUCUCGGAGUCAAGUGUCAUAACUAGUUACUACUUUGGGUGGUCUACAAGUUCAGUUGCAGCAUUUCUUGCAAUCCUGGGGCUUACUGUUCUUCCGGUUAAUGCCAUUGUUGGAUCUUAUAUAAGUAACAUGUUUGAAGACAGGCAGAUCUUGUUAGGGUCUGAAAUUUUGGUUUUCUUAGGAGUAAUAAUGAGCUUCCAAUUCACAAACUCUUACGUAGUGCCACAAUAUGUUUGCUCAGCAUUGAUUACAUUUGUGGCUGCUGAAGUUCUCGAAGGUGUCAAUCUAUCCCUCCUCUCUCGAGUUAUGUCAUCCCGGCUUGCUCGUGGAACAUACAAUGGCGGGUUGCUGUCCACAGAAGCGGGAACUUUAGCACGAGUGGUAGCCGAUGGAACGAUCACACUCGCAGGCUAUUUGGGCGAAAGCAAACUCCUCAACGUCACCUUAUUCCCUUCUCUAUUCAUCUGUAUAGUAUCCAUCCUUUGUACUUUCGUUACCUACAACUCACUUUUCUAAUAUUCUAAUAUGUAAGACUUUGACCUCCA